AUGCCCAUCCUGGAAAAGGUCCCCCAAAAGAUGCCUGUGAAAGCUUCCAGCUCUGAGGAGGAGCUGGAGUUACCUAAGUUGCCAGUGCCCCCGCUGCAGCAAACCCUGGCCACCUACCUGCAGUGCAUGCAGCACCUGGUACCUGUAGAGCAGUUCAGGAAGAGCCAGGCCAUUGUGAAGCGGUUUGGGACCCCUGGUGGCCUGGGUGAGACCCUGCAGGAAAAACUCUUGGAGAGACAGGAGAAGACAGCCAAUUGGGUCUCUGAAUACUGGCUGAAUGACAUGUAUCUAAACAACCGCCUGGCCCUGCCAGUCAACUCUAGCCCUGCUGUGAUCUUUGCUCGGCAGCACUUCCAAGACACCAAUGACCAGCUAAGAUUUGCGGCCAGCCUCAUCUCUGGUGUGCUUAGCUACAAGACGCUGCUGGACAGCCACUCCCUUCCCACUGACUGGGCCAAGGGGCAGCUCUCAGGGCAGCCCCUCUGUAUGAAGCAGUACUACAGACUCUUCUCCUCUUACCGGCUUCCUGGCCAUACCCAGGACACACUGGUGGCCCAGAAGAGCAGUGUCAUGCCUGAGCCUGAGCAUGUCAUCGUGGCCUGCUGCAACCAGUUCUUUGUCUUGGAUGUUGUCAUUAAUUUCCGCCGUCUCAGUGAGGGUGAUCUGUUCACUCAGUUGAGAAAGAUAGUCAAAAUGGCGUCCAACGAGGAUGAACGCCUGCCUCCAAUCGGCCUGCUGACGUCAGACGGGAGGAGCGAGUGGGCCAAGGCCAGGACGGUCCUCUUAAAAGACUCCACCAACCGGGACUCCCUGGACAUGAUCGAGCGCUGCAUCUGCCUGGUAUGCCUGGAUGGUCCAGGCACUGGAGACCUCAGUGACACGCACAGGGCCCUCCAGCUCCUUCACGGUGGAGGCUGCAGUUUGAAUGGAGCGAAUCGCUGGUAUGACAAGUCCCUGCAGUUUGUGGUGGGGCGAGAUGGCACCUGCGGUGUGGUGUGUGAGCAUUCCCCUUUUGAUGGCAUCGUCCUAGUACAGUGCACGGAGCACCUGCUGAAACAUAUGAUGUCAAGCAACAAGAAGCUCGUCCGAGCCGACUCAGUGAGUGAGCUCCCUGCUCCCAGAAGGCUGAGGUGGAAAUGUUCUCCAGAAACUCAAGGCCACCUUGCCUCCUCAGCAGAGAAACUUCAAAGAAUAGUGAAGAAUCUGGAUUUCAUUGUUUAUAAAUUUGACAACUAUGGAAAAACAUUUAUUAAGAAGCAGAAAUGCAGCCCUGAUGGCUUCAUCCAAGUGGCCCUCCAGCUGGCCUACUACAGGCUUUACCAGAGACUGGUGCCCACCUAUGAGAGUGCAUCCAUCCGCCGCUUCCAGGAAGGUCGGGUGGACAACAUCAGAUCAUCCACUCCAGAGGCACUGGCUUUUGUGCAAGCCAUCACUGACCACAAGGCUGCCAUGCCGGCUUCUGAGAAACUGCGGCUGCUGCAGACAGCCAUCCAGGCCCAGACUGAGUACACAGUCAUGGCCAUAACCGGCAUGGCCAUUGACAACCAUCUUCUGGCACUGAGGGAGCUGGCCCGAGACCUGUGUAAAGAGCCACCUGAGAUGUUCACGGAUGAGACGUACCUGAUGAGCAACCGGUUUGUUCUCUCCACCAGCCAGGUACCCACAACCAUGGAGAUGUUCUGCUGUUAUGGCCCCGUGGUCCCUAAUGGGUAUGGAGCCUGCUACAACCCCCAGCCUGAGGCCAUCACCUUCUGCAUAUCCAGCUUUCACGGCUGCAAAGAGACCUCGUCUGUGAAGUUUGCAGAAGCGGUGCGAGCGAGCCUUGUUGACAUGAGAGACCUCUGCAGCACACAGCAAUCUGCUGACAGCAAGCCACCAGCAGCAAAGGAAAAAGCUAGAGGCCCAACCAAGCCAAGCAACCUUGACUCCUGCCACUAG